AUGAAAAGCACCCAACAACCCACCCUCGUCAUCUGCCAUGGCUCCUACCACACUCCCGCCCCCUAUGCCCCCUUCAUCGAACAGCUCAACCUCCACGGCUUCGAGACAUACUGCCCCCAGCGCCCAACCUGCGACCUCCGCCGGCUGAACGUUGGCGACGACCUCCGCCACCCGGACCUCGACCGCCCCGCCCCGCCAGGCGGCUACCCCAGCGACACUGAGGACGUGCAGGUCAUCCUCGAUCUACUGGAGAGACUCAUCACCCAAGAAGGCAAACAGGUGCUGCUCGUCGCGCACUCCUCCGGUGGAUGGGUGGCCACGCAGGCAGCCCUCCCCAAAUACCAUGUCCGACCCGACGCCAGCGCCCACCGCGCCCCCGGCAUCAUCGGGAUCUUCUACUACAGCGCAUUCCUCGUCCCCGUCGGCGAGUCCGUGAGCGGCUGGCUCACACCCCCGGAUGGGAGUUUCUUCGUGCCGGAGUUUGCUCGAGCGAGUAAAUACGGCCCCAAGGGUCUCAUGGCCAUCACCGACGGCGCCAAGUACAUGUUCGGGGAACUUCCGCGGGGGGAGGGCGAGCGAUGGUCGACCACGUUGACGGCCCAGCCGCUCAUGACGGUCGAGCUGACGAAUGAUGCCUACUCGGCCCUGCCGUGCGCGUACCUGUUGCUGGAGAAGGACCUGGCGCUGGGCAUGGCGUAUCAGGAGGCGAUGCUGCAGGCGCAGAACGAGCGACUGCGGCGCCAGGGGAAGAAGGAAUUCGUCGUGUAUCGCGCGGCGACGGAUCAUUCCCCGCAUCUGAGUUGGACAAUGGGGUUGGUGAAUACGAUUGAGGAUUUUGUGGGAAGGCUGAGGGGGGGUGUCAGUGGAGUGAAUACCCAUAUUUGA